UUCUGUAACUAUUAAGCAGGGUAGUUCAGGAAUUCAGAAUAACACCGAUAUUAGAAGUGAGAAAAAUAACAUUCCUAACAAAAACUUGGUGUAGACAGACUUUCAGUUGAAUUUCGUCUUCUUUGGAUCUGUUUCUGAGUGUCUCGUUGUUUCGUUCUGAAAUUUGUAAUGGUUGAAGUUUAAAACUCUUUGAAGAAUUAGAAAGAGUUAUUAAGAAAUGGCUGCACCUUUCUUCUCUACUCCUUUUCAACCCUAUGUUUAUCAGAGUCCCCAAGCAGCUUGCGUACCUUUUCAAAUUUUGGGAGGCGAAGCUCAGAUUGUACAGAUUAUGUUAAAGCCACAAGAGAAGGUAAUUGCAAAGCCUGGUUCCAUGUGUUACAUGUCUGGGUCUAUCCAAAUGGACAACUUGUUUCUCCCUGAAAAUGAAGGAAAUAUAUGGCACUGGCUUUUUGGCAAGAAUGCAACUAGCGUAGUUUUUCUCAAUCAAGGUGCAAAUGAUGGUUUUGUUGCAAUUGCUGCUCCUUCCCUUGCAAGGAUACUUCCGAUUGAUCUUGUGAUGUUUGGUGGACAGCUGUUGUGCCAGCCAGAUGCAUUUCUAUGCUCUGUCAAUGAUGUGAGAGUCACUAACUCGAUUGAUCAAAGGGUUCGUAAUGUUGUCGCCGGACCAGAGGUCAUUCUGAGACAGAAGAUUGAAGGUCAAGGUCUAGCUUUCAUAGUUGCUAGUGGGUCUGUUGUCCAGAAAAAUCUUGAUGUUGGUGAAGUACUAAUUGUUGAUGCAUCUUGCAUUGUUGCCAUGACUGCUACAGUAAAUUUUCAAAUCAAAUCCACUGGUCCCAUAAGAAGGAUGGUCUUCGGGGGUGAGAACCUAAUUUCAGUUGAGCUAACUGGCCCUGGCAUGGUCUUUCUUCAGAGUUUACCCUUCUAUAGGUUUUCACAGCGAAUUGCAAGGGCCGUUACAUCACCCAACAUGAGGGAAAAUCCCAAGUUCUUUAUUCAGAUAGCCAUUUUCUUUGUUCUUGCUUAUGUAAUGAUUGUAUCAUCCUUGAUCUUGACAGACAUUUGAUCUCUCUCUCUCUCACUCACUUUUUGUUGUCUCUUUGUUUCUUCAAAUUUGACCAAUUUUCUUCAUAGUUUUUCAUAGAAAUAGUGAAAUACUAAAGUGAGCCCUAGAGUCCUAAACGGCAGUGCUCUAGUUAUAAAGCUCAUUAGCGUUAUAUGGUUGUGUUACUUGUGUAUGCUAUCUUAGGUUGAUAAUAAGAUUUGAAUACUAAUUUAUUUUACCUUAAAAA